AUGAGCGGACCUCCACCAGCGUAUCCAGACUUUGUUAGUACUUCAUCUUUUUCGGAGAAUAAACCACCUCCAGCGUACGUUGAAGAUGAGACUGAUGAGCCAAGAAUUCAGAAUUUGGACCCGCAAGCUCUUCAAGCAGCUCUUCGAGUAGAAAUGGCGCGAAGGAAACGUCUCGAAAGGGCACUGCAAAGGGAAAGAAAAGCAGCCCAACGCGAGACCACAACCGGGCAUUUGAAUCAUGAGAACGUUAUCCGAGCACCGAGACGAGAACAACCUAGAACGGUUGGAGUGCAGGAUAUCAAUCAUCGGAGUGGCUAUCGGCGAUCGCAGGCUUGCAGCAUAUCCCAUGUUGCUGGCCUUUUCUUGCCAUCUGGC